CAAGGAAGAAGUAAAACUUUUGUUAUAAAAACUAUGCUAAGGGCAAAUAAAGUGAUGUGAAAUUUCCAUAUUCCUUUUCUAUUGAUAUGUCACAGAUUGCCAUAAACUAAGCAAUUGAAAACAAUACUAAUAUAUUAUCUCAAAGUUUUCCUGGGUCAAGAGUCUGGGCAUGGAUUAGCUAGGUCUUCUGCGCAAGGAAUCACCAGGCUAAAAUCAACAUGUCACUUGGGACACAAGAAUCUUAUCUGAACUUCAGUUGUUCUUCAAAUCUCACUGUUGACAGAAUUCAAUUCUUUGCCACUGUAGGACUUACGUCCCCACUUCCCUGCUGGCUGUCAGCUUGGAACUUUUCUCAGUCCCAGUGGCCACUAGCCCAUUGUCUGCGAUGCUCGGCCCCUCCUUCCACAACACAGUACUUUGCUCCUUAAAGAUAAUAAAAGACUCUCUCUCACUUGAUAUCACCAUUCAGGGAAGGUUUUGACUCUCUUUCAAAAGGUUCAUUGGAUUAAGUCAAUGCCAACCAGAGUAUUCUCUCUUUUGAUAAACUCAAAGUCAAAUGAUUAGACUGUUCUUGCAUCUGAAAAAUCCCUUCCCCAUGGCAUAUAACGUAAGUUAACUACAGAAAUGGCAUGCAUUUCUUUAAGUCCUUCCCCUGAUGCUGACGGACUCAGAUGAGGAUGAUGUCCUAGAGCUGGAAAAAUCACAUGGUGGAAGAACUAGGGGUUUCUGAAGGACCACAUGAAAGACUGGAUCUCUCCAAGCUGAACACCCACCCAGCAGCGGUAUCUGGGAAAAGAUAGAGUGACAUGCUCCUGAAAUUUGGGCAGUCAUUCAGCAGCUCAUCAUAUACAACAAAAAGUCUAAGUCACAGGACUAACUUCAAUACAUAUCAACGUAGCACAUUCCAAAUGAUGGGAGUCUAUUUGGCUCUAAUGACUCAGCAGGUAAGUGGGGGGAUGGAACCUCAAUCAACAUCUGUACCAUGAAAAGACUCAUUAGUGUCAGGGCUAAAAAGAAAACAAGGUCCUUUCUCUAGGGGCUCACAGUCUUCGGGGAAGAUGGACAAAACAAGGAGACUAAAACCAUGUGAAUGAAAGGUGCAUACCCCACAUGGAAGGCAAGCAGGUGCUGUGAUAGAGCAUGGGGUCCACUGGGAGAGGGGACUGGAAAGGCUGCCAUGAGGUGACAUUCAUAUUUGCAGCAGUAUGACAAGAAGGAGCCAGCCCUGCAUAAAUAAAGGGCUCGGUAGCCUUUAGGAAAGCCCAGCAGUGCAGAAUUUUGGAGGCACAAGUGAGGUUGGCCAGAGAGGAGGUUAGAGAGCAGGGCAGUGUGGUGAGAAGGAACUUGGCAGGAGAGUCAGGGAGGGAGGGAGGAGAGGGGAGGGCAAGACCAGGGCCAGGGGCAGGGCAACAGCAUUAGGCAGCUAUCAUUGCUGUGUGACAACCUUUCCCCAUCUUUACUCUCUUAACCAAUGAACCUUGAUUAUGUCAUGGUUGCACUGGACCAGGAAUCCAGCAGCGCUCAGCUGGGAGCUUCUGCCAGAGGCUCUCAGGGGGUCGGGCUGUGCUCGGAACUGAGGCAGGAUCUGCAUCCCUCCCACUCUGAGCGCACUCUGGGGUCCUGGAGGGCGCCAUGCGACUGAAGGCCUGCAGGCCCCUCUGUCGGUGAGUCUCCUUCAAGGCCAGGCCACGUCGGCCUCUCUAGGGUGCAACCUAGAACACACAGUCUUGUUCCCCAGAGUGAGGGAUAUGAGGGAGAGAGAGAACACAGGUCAGAGCCAGAAGGAGGGGAGCCCCGGACUGUUUGGGACCCAGUCUCAGAACUGCCUGCGCAUCACUCUGCCCUCUUCCACAGAGUAACAGGGAAUGACAAAUGUCAGGCCACAGUCAAGGGGAGUGGAUUCCAGCAGCAUGUGUAGACCGAGCAGAGGGGAUCACAGGAGGCCAUUGACGGAGAAGGAGAACACCUCAGAGGCUCAAUGCUCUGCCCAGAAUCACAGUCUAGUUCAAGGUGCAGCCAGGAGUGAACCCAGCUCCGCAUCCUCAAGGAUGGGGCCCUGGCUGCUCCCAGGCUUCCUCAGGGGGCUCUGAAAAGGCGGUGUUGCUGUAACUGCAGACACACAUGGAGAGGGCAGGGGGCUGAGACUGAGAAGUCUGCAGCCUUGAUGGGCAUUUGGCAAGUUCUUGCCUGAGGAGGAGCCCAGGACAGGGGAACACUUGAGUCUCCCCCUGUCCAGGUCACGCCCAGGGUGGAGGGAGCAGGGGCCACCUUUGCUGAGCUCAUGCUUAUGCACUUCUGAACUCAAUCCCUCACUGGAGAAUUGGGAAAUUGAGGCCUGUAGGGAGGUAGACACUGGCCCAUGGCACAUAGCAGGCAAGAGUCCAAGCGGAAAGAAGUAUUCUGAUAUUCUAGGGCAAGACUCGAACCCUUCCAAUAGGCUUUGUGGUGGACAACAGAAACCGUCAGUUCUUGGCAAGCUCUGGCCCAUCCCUUCCUCUGUGGAGGCUGUUUCCUCCUGGGCAUCCAGGACGUGAGCCGUGACACACACGUACACACAGAGACCUUAGAAGGAAGGGCGGACUAUGGGGUGGGCUCAGAAGAGAGGCAGACACAGGGGAGGUGAGGAGAGGAAGAAAAAAGCCGUUAGAGGCGUUCCCUACACGGGACACCGCUCCUCCAAUUUCACAGGUAUUUUCCCACUCGGGCCUGAGGACAUCUCCAAGAACUAUGGGCUAGGAUAAUCCCCCCCAUGCAGACUGGAGGCAGAAAGGCCCCGCGAGGCACCAUGGCUUCUCCAGGAUGAGGAACAGGGAAGAAGGAGCACUUGUGUCUGCGUCUGUCUCAAAGCUGGGACCCUGGCUGCACCCAGACCUUCUCGGAGGCCUGUGGAGACAGGUGGUUUGGGGAUCCUGGGGACACAUAUGAUACUGCAUGGAAAAGGGGGUGAACAGUGCCCCGCCCAGAGGACUGCUUGCAUGGGUGGUAUCCGAGGAGGGGCCUCAGAUCACCGUGGUUUCCAGGCAAUGAUGUAACCUCUUUCACAACAAUGCCCACAGUGCAGGGGCCUCCUGUAAAGAGGCACCCAGAUCCUCACACUCAGCUCACUUGGCUGGAGACAGCUGCUACGGAAAGAUGUUUUCCUGCUGUAUCCUGCCUCACAGCGUCUAUGGUCCCCAGACGACCCGGAGCCAAAACCUUUUUACUCGUUUUAAAGGGUGGCUCACCUCUCAUACACCACACCUAUGGCCGUUUGCCAGGAGGUCAUCAAAGAUCGCUCCUGAGGAAGUCGGAAAGGACAAGACAGAUCCGUCCUUCCUUUCCGUGAUUCUACAGGAAGGGAUGAUGCGGCACCCGGCCGACACAAGCCAGCGCUGGGCCUGGGCUCUCGACGCAUCCACAGUGGUCAAGAGUCCGUUUCCCAGGGUGUGGAUGGUUCACGACACUGCGCUCAAUAGUCUCGUGGAUCACCUUGUGCCCGCUUUCCUGCUGGGCGACACCACUUUUAUCCACAGCUUCCUGUUGACGUACAUAGCUGUGGCCUCCACACAACAAGUGCUGGAUGAGUUCUUUAACAGUUACAGAUUCAUCCUCUCUUGUAGAGUGGACGACGCGCCCACCCGCCUAUGGAAAAAGGCCUUGGCCUUCAUUCUUGGCACGUGGAUGGAAUCCUAUCCCCAGGACUUUUGCCAGCCCCCAGACUUUCCCAGCUUGAGGAGAGUAUUGGCCUUCCUUGCGUUCAGCAUGCCAGGCUCGCAGGUGGAGCAUCAAGCUCGCCUUCUGCUUUCACAGUCGCUGCACUCUGAGCCCAGCAAGGCAGAGAGUCAGGCACCUGCUCCUGAGAAAGAUCCCAAGCCAGCUGAAUAUCGACCCCCUGCUCCAACUCUAGUGCCCACCGCACCUCAGAGCCACACACCGAUGUCCAGCAGUGGAGGCGCCUCGAGCCUCAGCCCGGAUUGCACUUCAAGCGAUGGAAAGACCGUUAACGUCCUCCCAGCGACGAGCCUCAGCACCUGGAAUGCCGCACCACGGCCGAUUUCUGCCCCUCCCCAUUUACCUCCUGUUCAAUAA